AAAAGUUGAAAUGCAUAAGGCCAGUACUGGCCUCCUGCGUCUGUUAAGUGCUUACGUUUGUCACUGGUGUCAGCAUUUUUCCCGGCAGACAACAUUAGCCUAGUAAUUUUUAGUAAUGUAUUUUCCUCCUUACUGCGAAAAUCUGUAUAAAGCAAAAUGGACGAAGAAAUGGCUCUCACUGAAACGCUUGUCAAAGCCAUCCAGCAAGACAUAUUCGGCUUGGCCAAGUUAUCCCUGGAGCAAGGUGCCAAUCCCAACCUGGUCCUAUCGUCAGGCAUCAGUCCCUUCCAUCUGGCUAUAGGAACAGAUUCACUUAAUGCUUUGCCUCUUGUUAAACUCUUCCUGCACCAUAAUGGCAACCCCAAUGUUAGGUCUGUAGAUGGAAUGACACCUGUACAUGUGGCUGCCACCUGGGGGCGCUGUCUAGCUUUACAGCUACUCCUGGCAAAUGGAGGUAACCCUGAGUUGUAUGAUGAAGAUGGAGCAAAUGCAAUGGAUAUGGCUAAGGAGAAUAAGAAUUGGGACUGUCUGAAUAUCCUGAGAACAUAUCAGAUUGAGGAGGCUGAGGAAGACUCUCGACCAGACAACUAUGUAACAAGGUUUCUAAUUCAGCAAAGGAGCAGUUUUCAUGAGCACCCUGAUGAAGGCAGCUCGGAUCACCUUGACUUGACAGACUUGAAUCACAACUCAUCUCGCAAUUCCUUGGACUCUACUGCUUUGUCUUCCUACUGCCAAGAUGUGUCAUUCUCUCCUUCCAGUCACACUGAGGAAAUUACAAACUCAUCCCAAUCAUUCUUCCCAGACUUGGCCUCGCAAUGGGCAGCAAAAGAACAGCAUGACUCUGAUGGAUCAGGAAGCCGCACUAGUGAGCCACAUGAAGGGAAACCACUUCCAGCAAUAAGACAGUCCAGGGGUAGUUCAGGAGUUCCUGACCAAGCAUGUUUGGAAACAACAUUUCCAGAUGUCAUGGGACUUUGUGAUAACAGGUCAGCAGACCUUGAUCGAGAUGAUUGUCCUGUCACAAGUGGAGAUGGAAGUGAGCUAGCUGAAGAACAAGAUCACAACAAAACUCUAUCCAACAAGUAUUUAGAGGAGUUACUCAUGAGUGAGCACUGCACUGGCUUGGACCUGACAUCACCUGAUCAUCCAUCUGUUUUCAUUAAAGUUCAGACCUCUCAUAAUGGUGAGACACCACCUCUGGACAAGACUAUGGUCUUCUUGCCAGAUAGAAGAUCAGUUGGGCAGUCUGGAGAAGUCAAACCAUCAGAAAUCUCUCUUGCAAGUGAAGAAGGCUCAGCAUAUGUAACUUGUCAAAGUGAUGAUAUUCAUUUGUCUUGUACAAACACUGAGCAGCAGUUUUCAGAACAAAGAAAGAGACAUCCAAGGCGAGUCACAUUUAGUGAUGAAGGAGGGAAUUCCACAAACCAGUUAAUUCAACGUUCUUCACAGGUUGAAGUUGCUAGGGAAAGACAUGUCUCUGAUGAAAGUGAUCCGAGCCAAACUAAUGGCAAUACUAAGAAACUGAGUUUGAACGAGUCAUCAGAAAACACUUGUGAGUUGAGUGACUUGCUCACAUCGGAUAACAGUGAUAGUGACCUGCUGACGACAGAUGAAAGUUCUUUCAUUGCUCCUCACAUUAAGCCAACAUGUCAGUUCCAAAAUGAACUUAAGCAGCUGACUGCCAGUAGAAGGGAUGCUAAAAUCAGUGACAGACCAGUGACUCGAGAUUCAUCAAUGUGGCAGUUGUCAUCAGGCCAUCCAACUUCAAGAUCAACAGAGGGUCAUUCCAUCAUAUGUGAAGCACACCUUGCAGAUGGCCUUGAGCCUGAUUGCAACACUGAGCAUGACUCUGUGGAGUACUUGUACCAUGAUGAAGGUACAGGAGCCAUGUUGAUAGAGCGACAGUGCCCAUCAGCUCUGACUAUGAAUAGCAGUCAUCUGGACGUGUCUUACCUAGAGUAUAGCCAGGUCUCAACAAGUGAUGAGACUGUGCUUUAUGAUUGGAGAGAUUACCAAACAGAUGACGAAGGCAAGUCAUGUGCACCAGCACCCUUGUCUAAGGAGCUGCUUGAGUUGACUGAUAAGGGUAUCAGGGAGAUGAUGCAGAAAUAUGGAGAGGAAGCUGGUCCCAUCACGUCCACCACACGCAUGGUAUACUUGCAUCACUUGGCGAAACUCCAAAAUGAUCCAGGAUUUGCAGGGAGGACUGCCAAUAGACAGCAAACUUUUCAAGGAUUUCGAUGGGAGUUGGCCGAGUAUCUAAGGACUGGUAAUCUACCGGAUUCUGAGCAGGAGAUGGGAAGACAGGAGCACCUCAUGGUAGUACCCUUUCAAAAUCCAGAUCCAUCACGCAAGUGGAGGGAAGGAACACUCAAAUCAUCAUUUAACUAUUUGUUACUAGACCCAAGAGUGACUAAGGACUUGCCAAGUCGUUACAAUCAACUCACACAGCUGGAAGCAUUCAGGGUAUUUGUUGCGGCCAUAUUUUACAUCGGUAAGGGCAAAAGGAGCCGGCCGUAUGCCCACUUCUAUGAAGCCCUCUCUCAUAGGAAGCUUGUUGAUGAAGUGAAGGACCAAACACCAAAGAAAACAUCCAAAAAACAGGCCAAUGCCAAGGUGCGUCACAUCCUGGACAUAUGGGCUGCAGGACUUGGUGUGGUCUCACUGCAUUGCUUCCAGAGUGUCAUCCCGGUAGAGGCAUACACCAGGGAAGUUAUCACUUUAACUCUUUCAGGUCUGUCUCGGCUAACAAACAUCAAGAAGGGGGACUUUUAUGGUCCCUAUUCAACACUACCCGCAAGAAAGAGAAGACAGAUGGGUGUCUUUCUCCUCAAGAAAGCGUGCCAGAUCUUCUUGGUUGAAGGAGAACGGCAAAUCAGACCUGCUGAUAUAGCACUGGGGCAGUAAAGUUGUCAAAUCACUGGAGUAAAUAUGCCAUAAGUGAAAAAUAUUGUGAUCAGUUUGCUAGAGUUGGCUUUUUUGAAGUUCUCAACUUCAAGUUCAUGAACAUGAACAUUGAAUAUACUGGUAUAGUCUUCAAAUCCUGGAUUGGAUGUGAUCAAUCUUCCUUUGUCUAAGAUCGUCUGAAUGCUCAAAUGAAAGAAAUAAAAAUUGAUGUUUACAUUUCUGUCGAGGGUUGGGUGGAUGGGUUUAAUAGAGGCCUAAACAUAUACACUACUGUCAACAAAUAUUUCUUGAAGACUUGGGUAGGAAAAAUGUUUUUCAAUGGAUUGGGGCAGGGUGAUUUAGUCCUCGCUCAUUGACUCACCAAAAACCUGUCCCUUUUUUUUUCUUUUUUUCCACGGAGGUUUCAAGAAAGCACUUUACUUGCUUUGUAAAAAUGUCUUCUAAUUGCUGCCUGUAAAUGAGACAAGCAUGGAUAUUGCAUAUUGAGUAUUAUAUUGUGUUGCAUGUUGUACAAGUACAUUGAAAUGUGCAUUUUAUGAGUAAAGAUUUGCAGGUUCACCUUAAGUGAUGUUGACACAUGUAUCUUACAAUUCACCUGUUGCUUUGACCUCCUGUUCAAUAUUAACCCAUGGGAGCACCUUUCAAAGUCUUGAAAAUUCGUUGACAUAAGCAUUAACAGGUAUGUUCCCUGCUCGACUGGUAAUCUACUAGUCAAAUCACAGGAUGUUUGUAUUAUAUGGACAGACCAUAAUGAGAGUGGCAUUAACAUGGAGGACUGGACUGACAGCUCCUAAAGUAAAACACUAAAAUUGCCAAGUCAGAGUUAUUGCCUUUUUUUAAAAUUGAAAGGAUGAAUGACUUCAACUUGUUUGCGAACUGUGUACAUGUACUUUGAAUCUCAUGUAGGGUGUUUGCAGGAAUGUGGAUGUUUGGCUUGUUUGCAGAGGUUGAGACACAAGUGACACAAAAUUAAAUUAUUCAGAAUGCACAACUAUUUCAAUCAAAUAAUUAAAAACUUGAACUUAAACACAUUUCCCUUGUUAAGUUUGCUUUAAUAUUAUUUCCAACGUUCUUGUCAUUUGCCUUUGGUAAAGGCUCUUUCCAACAUGCCGUCCUUAUAGAGAAAAUUGUGAAUCAAAAACUGUACCUGGUUCUGUGCUGUAAAUUAGGAGCACAGGCCAGAUAAUUCUAGAAGAUAUGAGGUUUUUGUAACAGAAAGAUUUCAGAUCUUUUUUUUUUUAUUUCAAAAGGAGAGACCUUUGCAUUUGACUUAUGAAGGCGUAAUCACUUGUGUUUAAUUUCGAUGUCUUCAGGGUCGGAGGGUUUUUUUUAAACAGACAAUUUUGCACUCAAUCUGUGAAAAUGUUGCUGUCGCUACAAAAUCUGUUUGCAUAUGAACUAUUCUUGCGUGUAACAUAAAAUACCAUGCUCAUUAAUCAUCUAGUAAAUAUAUUGGAUUCUUUUCUGCGGAGAUAUAUUUUGAAUGCAUAUACAUAUAGUGACAUGUAGUUUGAAUGACUUGACUCAUUGGUAAUAUUACUGAUACAAGAAGAAGUAACAGUUUGAAGGGUGUGUUUCAUUUGAAGCAGAAAGUUUUUCAUUGCUUUGCCAUCAUGUAAUUUGAAUGAAAUUUUGACUUGAGGUUUCCAACUUUUUAAUAAUCAACUGUGUGUACUCUUUCAUCAUCUUCUUUGCCAAAAUUCAUUUUAUCAUCUUAAAAUUGUUUAAUUUUAAUAGAAGUACAUGCACAUUGUGUAUAUCAUUCACUUGUGUGUGUUCAAUUUAUUUUUAA